UUUAGCCAGAGUUGAAUAUGUCCUCAAACCAUUGGUAACCAAGGAAACUCAUCCUUCAUUGCCACCUGCUUAGCAUCUUUCAAUUAUAAACGCAAUUGGCUCGAGAAGUUUUUGGUGAUCCCAUUGCAGUGAGAGAGAGAGAGAGAAGCAUGAUUCGCACUAAUGCAUCUUCUUGUUUCACUGCUUCGCAAUACCCAAUUUUAGAACAAGAUGUGCUGCAGAGAAAAAUAUGGUCCUCGAAAACCCAAACAAGAGGUUGUGUUAUUCCUCUUCAGGUGGUAUCAGUGAAGCAACUAAGAAGCAAAUCCAUCAUAUGCCAACAGAAGAAAUGUUUCAGAUGUUCUUCCACAAGAUUUUCUUCUUUGACAGAUGAUAGUAAAAACCAUGAGAGUAUAACAACCAUCAGAAGUCAUGUCAUAACCAAGAAAUACCAACUUGGUGCCACAUAUAAACAUGAAUAUGCAUCUAAACCUGAGGAUGAUUAUUCGACGAGCUUUCUUAAUGUUCUAUCUAAGCAAUUAGAAGCUUUCUACUUGUUUUCACGUCCUCACACUGUAAUUGGCACCGUUAUAGGGAUAGUAUCAGUUUCUCUUCUUCCAGUAGAAACCGUUGCUGAUCUGACUCCUACAUUUUUUAUGGGUUUAUUGAAGGCAUUGGUACCCUCCAUAUUGAUGAACAUUUACAUUGUCGGUUUGAAUCAAUUGUUCGAUGUUGAAAUAGACAAGGUUAACAAACCUGAUCUCCCUGUGGCUUCUGGUGCCUUCUCAAUGAGUACUGGAAUCACAAUUGUUACUGCAUCUUUAUUGAUGAGUUUUGCUAUGGGAAUCAUUUUUAAAUCACCACCACUUUUUGCUUCACUUCUAGUGGGUUUUCUGCUUGGAAGUGCAUAUUCCAUUGAUCUACCCUUUCUCAGGUGGAAGAGAAACGCAGUUCUUGCCGCAACUUGCAUCCUCAUUGUGAGGGCUGUUGUUGUUCAACUCGCUUACUUUUUACACACGCAGAACUAUGUGCUUGGUAGACCAGUCAUGAUAACAAAAUCAUUGGUAUUUGCUGCGGCUUUCAUGUGCUUCUUCUCUGCUGUCAUUGCAUUAUUCAAGGACAUACCGGAUGUGGAUGGUGAUAAAGAGUUUGGAAUUCAAUCAUUCAGCGUUAGACUUGGUCAAGAAAGGGUAUUUUGGCUUUGUGUUAAUAUGUUAACAUUGGCAUAUGGGGCUGCUGUGGUGAUAGGUGCUUCUUCUUCAUUCCUUCCAAGCAAGCUAGUUACGAUAUUAGGACACUUGGCACUUGCUUCUUCCCUCUUGGUUCAAGCUCAAUCAGUUGAUCUUGCCAGUAAAGCCUCAGUGACUUCUUUUUACAUGUUCAUAUGGAAGUUGUUCUAUGCCGAGUACUUCCUCAUUCCUUUUGUACGCUGAGAAGAAAAUUAAGGGUCACUUGCUAAAACAAAAGUAAUGCCACAUUUUCACAUUUUCAGAUUUGUCCAACUUGGGAGCGAUUUGGAGAGUUACUAGGCAACAAUAUCUGCCUAAUCGGUCUUCCUGCAAAUGACAUUUUCAGAUUUGGUUUUUUUUUUCCCCAAGUUUUUUGGUUAUGUUGUGACCUAUUCGAAUAAAGACAUGUCAUA